GCCACCGAAUCUAUGCGGGUGACGACCCAUUAUUUAUCUAACCUUAAGCGCCUUACAGCGGUUUUGCCUUUAUUCUCCCUCCUUUCCUCCUACGGUUCAGGUUCGCUAGAUUUUCACCCUCUUCAGAAGCAGUGGGAGAAGCAGAACCCCAGAUCCUUUUAAACCCCUCACGCCCUUGCUUUCUUCUCUCUCGAUCCCAUUUGAUCAAGGUGGGCAUUUUUUGAGUUAGGGUUUUUUUUCCUUCAAGAAAUGGAUUUUGGAUCUCCUUCUGCUAAAUGAAAUGGCAAUGUAGAGAAUGUCUAGACACUUGGUGAAGGUAUGAUAUGGUAGUUGACUGAUUCUCUUCUAGAAGAAAUGGGGCAUAUAUUCUACAUACUUAUUGCUUUGCCGUGCACCAUCACUGCCAUUUGGUUGGCGAUAUUCCACAUAUAUCGGCACCUUUUGAAUUACACUGAACCUACCUAUCAGAGAUACAUUGUGCGCAUCAUAUUUAUGGUUCCUGUUUAUGCACUUACAUCUUUUUUGUCACUUGUAUUGAACAGAAGUGCAAUAUAUUUUAAUUCCUUGCGAGAAAUAUAUGAAGCUUGGGUCAUUUAUAAUUUCCUAUCCUUGUGCUUGGAAUGGGUUGGUGGCCCGGGGGCUGUUGUGCUAAAUUUGAGUGGACGGUCUCUUAAGCGUAAUUGGUGUCUAAUGACGUGUUGCUUUCCUCCAAUUGCAUUGGAUGGGCGGUUCAUACGAAAGUGCAAGCAGGGCUGUUUGCAGUUUGUAAUACUCAAGCCCAUCCUAGUUGCAGUUACAUUCAUUCUCUACUCUGAAGGAAAAUAUGAGGAUGGAAAUUUCAAUCCGAGGCAAUCUUACCUCUACCUCACAAUCGUCUAUACAAUUUCCUACUCAAUUGCCCUUUAUGCCUUGCUAUUAUUUUAUGUAGCAUGCAGAGAUUUACUUCAGCCGUUUAAUCCUGUUCCAAAAUUCAUCAUUAUCAAGUCUGUCGUAUUCCUUACAUACUGGCAGGGUGUUCUGGUUUUUCUUGCUGCAAAGUCCAACCUUAUAAAGGACACAGAAGAAGCUGCAGAAUUCCAAAAUUUCAUAAUUUGUGUUGAGAUGCUAAUUGCAGCUAUUGGACAUUUCUAUGCCUUCCCAUACAAGGAAUAUGCUGGUGCAAAUAUUGGCCCUUCUCGUGGUUUUACUGCUAGCCUUGCACAUGCUCUCAUGUUGAAUGACUUUUACCACGAUACAGUUCACCAGUUUGCACCCACUUACCAUGACUACGUACUCUACAACCACGGUGACAGUGAAGGAGCAACAAAGAAGUAUAGGGCAAGGACAUUUGUCCCAACCGGCCAAGAGAUGGAUGCGGUUAGAAGAAAUAAGCACUCAUUUGGGAACAAGUUGGAAGAUGUUCAAUUGUCAAGUCGCUCGUCUUCUGUCAGCAUCUCAUCCCAAAAUCUUGACCCCGACCCGGACUACUCAACAACAACAACAAAUGAGGGAAUGAACUCUUCGCUCCUCAUGUCCACAUCAGAUUCGCGGUCCGUACCUUACGAUCUCUCUCUUAUUGAUAUAGACAUAUCUGACUAUCCCUUAAAGGUGCCUUCGGCAGCCAUUGAAACUGUUAGGAGGUAAGUUACUACUGCUUAUCAACAUUCUCUUUAACCAUCUGAGUUCCGUGUUGUCUGUUACGAUUUAUCCCUUAAUUCAUGACUUAGUAUAUGUAUAUGUAGGGAUUCAUAGUAGCUUUUUUUGGCCUUUUAACUGUCUAUAGUGUUGCUCUAUCUGUACUGUUGAUGAAACCCUCUGAUUAUUCCAUAUUUGACUGGAGCUGAUCACAUAGUUUCACAGAAAUGAGAAGUCACCGGUUUGGCAAACUUAAUUCACGGGUGUCUUUCUUUGCUUGUUUAUAGCGUCGAUCUAUUGGAGUUUCGUUCGGUAGGAGUGGAUUUUGGCUGAAACAAUUGAUGUCGUUAAAUUUUGAUUGAAAUUGGGGAGCGCACCAAAUUGUUAUCUAACAUUUUUUUAUUUGAAUUUUUGCUAUGUUUGACAAGAAAAUCUCUAUUGUUCA